AUGCUGACCGCAAAAGGGUCAGUUGUUACCGACAAUGCUUCUUCUUUUUCUUCUCUCUUCCCUCGAUUUGUCCUUUUCUCCAGAACCCAGUUUCCUUCUGUUGCUGCUACAGCUACUAAUAAACGUUCCAUUACCCAAUUCAGCAGAAAAAGCAAAAGACGUUGGAUUGCCCAGUUCGGGGGAUUAAUCCGAAAAAAAUCUAAAGUGGGAACACUUGAGCUAGAAGAAGCUUUGGGUUACUUUAAUUCCAUGGUUCAGAUGCAAUCCAUGCCUUGUAUUUGGGCUUUCAAUCAUUUACUUGGGGCAGUCUACAAUAUGAACCAUCAUCCCAUUGUUGUUUAUAUGUAUAGAGAGAUGAACGCUCUUUGUGGGGUCUGUUUUCGACCCGACAUUCGUACCAUGAGCGUGGUAAUUAGAUGUUUGUGCCAGUUGGAGAGGAUUGAUUUAUGUUUCUCUGUUUUGGCCACUGUAUUUAAGCUUGGACUUAGGCCAGAUGCUUGUUUGCUAAAUACUCUUCUUCAUGGGCUUUGUGUCGCGGAAGGUGGCUCGGUGGAUGCUGCUUUUGAGUUGUUCGUGAAAAUGGUGGAAGAUGAACAAAUAUGUGAUGACAUUACUUAUGGUACAAUGAUUAAUGGGUUUUGUAAGGCUGGAGAAACUUGGAAAGCAGUUGGGCUUCUUAAGCGCAUGUAUGACCAGAAAAGAAUAAAACCUGAUGGGGGUUGUUACUGUCCAAUCAUUCAUGGUCUUUGUAAAGAAGGACGAGUAGACGAGGCAUUUAGGUUUCUUCAAGAUAUGGUCAACCAUGAUGUUAGACCAAAUGUCGUCAUAUGUAAUUCUUUGAUUCAUGGUUUACUUGAGUCCGGCCGGUGUGAGCAAGCAAUGGAGUUCUUAGAGACUAUGACUGCUUGGGGAAUCUCUCCGAAUAUUGUUACAUACAAUACUAUGUUGAAUGCUUUGUGCAAGGAGAACAGGAUUAAGGAGGCGCUAGAUCUUGUGGAAGAAAUGAGUAAUGCAGGUCUAGAGCCGGAUUGCAUCACUUACAACUGUUUGAUAAGUGGAUUUGGUCGUUUGGGGGAAUGGAGGAAGGCCAUGAAUUUGUUACAUGAAAUGGAAUAUAGAGGUAUAAGGCCAAAUAUUUUCACUUACAACAUAUUACUUUAUGGAUUGUCCUAUUCUGGUGAAUGGAAAGUUUUAUCUAGGUUGCUUGAUGAGAUGGUGAGUUUGAAAAUCUUUCCUCAAACUGUAACUUUGAAUGGAAUUUUGGAUGCUUAUUCAGAAAGAGGUAACAUGAACACUGCUGAAAAGUUGUUUGAUGAAAUGAUUCGACGUGGUUUGAAGCCUGAUACGCUGACGUACAACAUAUUGAUAAAGGGAUAUUGUCUGCUAGGCGAAAUGGACAAGGCGAGUGCGGUCUUUGAAGAAAUGUCUUUGAUGGGUGUUCAGCCUGAUAUUUUUUCCUACAACGUCUUGGUCAUUGGAUACAUAAAUGUUGAUAGAGUAUAUGCCGCUCAAGCACUUCUCGAGGAUGUGAUCCAAAAAGGAUUGGAGCCAAAUGAUGUAACGCUUGGCUGUUGGCGAGCCAUUCAUGCUAGAAGGGUUGUUGCAUUUGCUCAAUAAGUCUCAUGAGGCACAUUAAUGAAUUGAUAACAGGACCAUAAAUUGAUGGGUUGAGAUCCAAGCUCAAGUAUGAUUGUGGGAUUGACGUUCUACUACUGCUACUACAAAGAAAUGUUGUCGACGGACUGAUGAGAUAUAUAAGCUUAGCCAAACAUGUUUGACUUCUUAAGAGAGGAGUGAGAGGAGAGGAAGUGCAUCACGUGGAUUUUUUCGCACUCUAAAAUUGAAAGAAGGGGUUCAAUGACCCUUGUGGAAACACAUCUUAAGAAACUUUUUUUUUUCUUUUUUGAAAAAGAAAAAGUAGAUAAAAUACUCCUCAACAGUCUAAAUUACCCCAAAUUCUCCAAAUUUCUUCUCCAAACUCGGCGUCUCUUCCAUUCUUACAUCUGAGCAGCAUCUAUCAAUGGUGAGAGUUAAGCAAACGGAAAAGCGCCACAGAGUAGUUGCAAAGCAGCCCUUGAUGGCAAAUAUCGCCAGAGCCAGAAUUCUGCAGAGCACAGAGCUUGACACCAACCGUUGCACGAGGCUCAACCUGACACAAGUCACACACUCCAUUAUGUCCUCACCUCGAAAGCAAACUCGCGGAGAACGGCUAUUGUUGGACGCGGCGCACGACAGAGGAAUCACAGCGGAGAUGGUGGAGGAAGAGGAGGCAGCAGAAGUUAAAUGAAUGCCAGAGAUAGUAUUGAAUCACGGUUCGUUUGGUACGAGGAUUUAAAUCAGAGUGAUUCUAAUUAUGAUUAUGGAAUCAUAAUCAUGAUUCAUGAUUUUGGAUUCAAAUCAUGAUUCAUGA